UGGCAACUUAGCGCGGGAGCACUUGCCACUAUAAUACGUGGGGGCACCGUUAAAGAGCCGGUAAUGCAGUUACUGGGCAGCACGAGAAUAACAGGACCAAGAGAGAGAUAUAAGCUUGUGGUUUCUGAUGGCUACCACUUGAACGAGUAUGCCUUGCUUGCAAGACAUUUGAAUGACAAGGUGACGUCUGGAGAGCUGUCGGUCUACUCCGUAGUCCGAAUGAACCACUUGUUUACAUCUAUGGUUCAAAAAUUAGGAAGGCCAGAAAUGAGUGUCAUCAUAAUCCUUGACCUGACAAUACUGGCAAAGGGUUUGGAGGUGGGAAGGAUUAUUGGCAAUCCUGUAGCCUUGCCAGAGGGUGGCUUCAGUACGGCAGCACUGCCUGCACCCACAGGGCCAGCAAUAACAUCUCUUGCAGAGUCCAGGAUACCAGCAAAUGGCAGUGUAGGAUCCACCCACACACCGCCGUUGCUACCUCAGAUGGGAAAUAACCCUACUGAACUUUCAGCUCCAGCUGACGAGCACAUAUUCCCACUUACUAGUUCCAGCUGGUACCAGAACGAGUCUACUGAGCUAGAAAUUGUACGCAUCAGCCAUGACAUCGGCUUAGAAAUAGACGCAAAAAGCGCACAGAUGCAGUGUGGCUUUGCUAAUUUUUUAAACAGGAAUGAAAGUUUCUUUGCUGAAAUGAUGAAAACAAUAGAUGAAGGUAUACAGAAAAGACAUGAAAGUCUGUUGACAUUAAGUGAAAAUACAGCUUCAUCAAAUCUCGUAACAAAACGACUUUCAUCCCUGAUCCAGAAUCAUUUGGCUGAAAAUGUUGCUUUAGCACAUCAGGCCCAGAGAUACAGAGCAACAGUUGAAACCUUCACUAGAACACAAUUAGAAACUCUGCAGCAGUUAAAACAUUUUCUCAACAUUCAACUUCAUAAAUUUAAAGAAGUUGAGAGAAUCCAGAGAGAACAUAUAAAACAGCUAGAAGCUAAAUUGAAACAACAAGAGGAGUUGCUCUCCAGAUUACGAACCCUACUUAAUGUGGCCACUGAGGAUGAGAAGUUGUUUGAUCAUGUAUCAGCAGAAAAUUAAAAUUAUCCUCGGAAAUGGGAAUGACAGUGAUGUGUUUAAGUUUAUAGAUUACGGAGCGGGACUCCAGUUUACAACAAUUAUUUGAAAUUGUUGAGAGAAUGCGGAAGAAUAUCAAGGGCCCUAAACAGUAAAUUCAUUUCAUUACAGGAGCUGGAUUCCAAUUUACAGAAAUUGAUUGGAAAAUCAGUUUCUGUAAACUGGAGUCCAGCUCCUGCAAUAAAAACAUUCAGCCGUGAUAAAUAUUUAUUUACAAAAAUCAAAUACCAACUUAACUAUGAUCAUUAU